AUGCCAGAGGACGAGCCCCUAGAGGGCAUCGAGGCUGCAAUGUCGAUCCCUAUCGCACCUACUCGUAUGACUGAAGACGACCACCCUUUCGGUUUUCCUCCCUUCGAACCUUCGAACCCUCUCCCUUGGAACGACUGCUAUCUCACGCAAUUUUGGCGAAUCGAUCUCCGGAGUCCCACAGUUCGAGGAGAGCUGUCCGCCAUCCAGUGCAGACUCAGCUUCCCGCAGCAGGCCCGCUGGGUUACGCUCAGUAACUAUUUCUAUGAGAGACAAAGAAAUUCAAUCCUCGAAAAGCACCAAAACAACGAGUCUCAUGUCUGCGGCGAAAUAUGUCAACGCCUGGUUUAUUCUGUGCCUCCCGAAUUUCAUUCAGAUGCUCAGGAAGACAAUACAGCAACGGCCGACGCUCGCCUGGCUGAUAGCGAAGAACCUUUUGAUAUCGAAACCGGCUGGCUGGAUAGUUCUGAAGAAAACUACAUCGUGCAGCAGAUGUUUCCGGAUUUGGACCCCUCUACCACCACAAUUAUAACAGGCACCUUUACGCACGAUCUUUCGACAGUCUCGCGAGUUGCACAUCCCAAGGAAUUCAUCGCAGAGCUGUGGGCAAUCCAACGAAUUAUUGACGAAGCACGACCACGAGUUGAAGCGGCCAAACUCCAAGCUAAGACUGAGGCCGCUGCGAAAAACGCCAGCGAGUACGACGCUAAGACAGUUGCUAUGUUGAAAGAAUACCAGAACGCCAAAGCGUCGGACACUUGA